AUGCAUUUACUCAAACGUAAGAUUGAUUCUUUAUACGUUACUUCCAAACAUGCCGGUAUGUUGAACAUGUGGAUAGAACAGAAUAGAGAUAAAGUUGAAUUUCAAUUGCUGUUCAGAGGUAAUAGAGAUGUUGAUAGUUGCGAUAGCAUUCAUGAGGAUGAUGUCAAUGAGAUUUGUAGUAGUAAUACUUGUGAGCAAGGUGAAUAUAUUUUAAACAGGAUGCAACAUUCUCGAUAUUUGAUAUGUGAUAUGUCAUGUAAAUUGAAUAAUAUUGGAUUCGGUCAUGAUCUAUGGUGA